CGGGUCCUUUGAAGCUAGAAGUGACGUUAGCACUACUAGCGCGCAGCCUCAAGACUACGUUGCAUUACCGGGUUGAUUCGUUACAGAAGGGCAGGAUGGGAAGGCAGAGGAAGAGGGUGGUGACCGGUGAAGCUGCUCCACUUCCCAGGAAAGACGAGAAGCCCCCUGCAUUCCCCCGCAAGGACAAGAAAAAGAAAGUCGACAUUGGCAAAGUCUUCAUCAACAUCUCUAUUGGCCUCUGCAUAUUCAGUCUGAUCUGGUUCUUCUACGCCCUCUACAUGCGGUCCAGCCUGGCCAAGCGCGUGGCGACUCUGCACCCGUCACCGCCCGUCCUGGAUGCAAACAGCAGCAGUGCUAAGGUUUCUCCAGAGAGGUUCUGGGGUUCCUACAGGCCGCAGGUCUACUUCGGCAUGAAAACCAGGAGUCCCAGGUCCAUGGUGACAGGAUUGAUGUGGAUGCGUCAGUUUUCUGACAGGGACGUGAACCUGAGGCACACCUGUGAGCAGGGGGAUCGUUUGCAGGGCUACGGCUGGAUGAUGCAUGAUGGGAUCAACUUUGGUGUCCAGGAAAUCCGAGACAACGAUUUCACCCUGACCACAGAGUAUGUUAAGAGGGCGGGAGGGGAUCACGGAGGAGACUGGACCUGGAGGAUCACCGCCAAGCAGCAUAGCUCUGCACCUCAAGCACCCGACAUCUCCCUAUUGUUUUACGCAGCAGCCGACACACAGGGAACUCUGGAGGCUCACGUCGAGGAGAAGAGCCGCCUGGCGUCCAUCACUGGCUCUUCAGAGGAGCUCGGAAACUUUAAGAUCACCUUCCGAAAGCCUGUUACCGGGGAAUCAGGACAAAACAGCGCUAGAUAUGCAAGUUACAACUAUCUGAAGACUGUGUCUCCUGGCCUGGAGAAGCUGACUGAGAUCGUGAAGCACAGUAUGAACCACAGGUUUGUCUACACCCUCCCCUCUGGUGAGAAGAGGCAUUACAUUGCUGUCGACACCUACAAGCCCCCCCAUAACCCAAACCAACAGAAACCUGCUGAUCCGAGGAAGCAGAGCGACUUCGUGGUUCACCAGGUCACUGUGCAGAUGCCAUUUCAGAUUGAAGUUCUGUUUGAGUCGGGAAGCUUCCAUGAUCGUCCCAACCAACUGGUGGGCCCAAUCAUGACCCAGGAGCUGGAGAAAAGGAAGGCUGAGUUUGACGCAAAGUUCGAGAGGACUUUUGGCCUUGAGAGCAAAGGUUUCAGCCCGGCACAUAUUCAAUUUGGCAAGGCAGCGCUCAGCAACAUGUUGGGUGGAAUGGGCUACUUCUAUGGGCAGUCAGUGGUUCAGUCGGGCUACAACGAGUACCCGCUCCUGUACCCUGAAGGCGCUUUAUUCACUGCUGUACCCUCACGCUCUUUCUUUCCCCGAGGAUUCCUUUGGGACGAGGGCUUUCACCAGCUGCUGCUCAGCAAGUGGGACCCCCAAGUGACAAGGGAGGCGAUUGCCCACUGGAUCGACCUAAUGAAUAUGGAGGGCUGGAUCCCCCGUGAGCAGAUCCUGGGUGAUGAGGCUCGCAGUAAAGUCCCAGCCGAGUUUGUAGUGCAGCAGAAUGAGAAUGCCAACCCACCUACUCUUUUCUUAGCUCUUCAGGAACUUAUUGAACAGUUCUCUGACAAUCCAGACAAGGCAGCUUCCCAGCCAACUUUGCCUUUCCUUCGAAGGCUCUUCCCCCGACUGAAAACCUGGUACGAAUGGUACAACACCACGCAAACAGGACCCCUGCCCAACUCGUACCGCUGGCGUGGUCGGGACAAGGACACUAAUCUGUUCCUCAAUCCCAAGACCUUGACUUCUGGGUUGGACGACUUCCCUCGAGCAUCACACCCCUCAGCCGAAGAGCGGCAUGUGGAUUUACACUGCUGGAUGGCGUUAUCCUCAGGUAUUAUGGCCAGUGUAGCGCGCCUUCUUGGCGAGCCCCAUCAUGACUACGAACUUUCACACCAGGUGCUCUCUGACAACAACCUGCUGAAUGAGCUGCACUGGUCAGAACAACUCCGUGCUUUCAGUGACUAUGGCAACCACACGCAGUCUGUGUCCCUGCAGCAGGAGAAGGUGUACGUACCUCCUGGUCAACCACGCCAUCAGUUCCCCAUAGCUCGUCUCGUGCGCUCAGUCCGCAGAGCCCCCAAGAUGCAGUAUGUUAACGCUUUGGGUUAUGUUAGCUUGUUCCCCUUCUUACUGCAGAUCCUCAAACCCGACUCGCCUAAACUAGAACAUAUUUUCAGAGAGAUGAGAGACUCUGACAAGUUGUGGACACCCUACGGCCUGCGUUCACUCUCCAAGGCUGAUCCCCUGUAUAUGAAGCGAAACACGGAGCAUGAUGCCCCCUACUGGAGGGGCCCAAUUUGGAUUAACAUCAACUUCUUGGCAGUGAGAGCUCUUCAUCACUACAGAAACACAGAGGGUCCAUACCAAGAAAAGGCAGCUGCUCUAUAUGAGGAACUCAGGACUAACAUCAUCACUAACGUUUAUAGACAGUAUGUUGAAACAGGAUAUAUCUGGGAACAGUACAACGACAGCACUGGCAGGGGCCAAGGAAGCCACCCCUUCACUGGCUGGUCAGCAUUGACAGUAUUAAUGAUGGCUGAACAGUACUGAUGCUGUUGAUUUCAUCUAGUUUUUUCUAAGAUAUACCGGCCUUCACUUAUUUGGAUGUGAUUGAAACAACACCAUGGUCAGGUGUUAUAGGAAUACUGCUAUUUGAUAAAACUCUGCUCAGAAGAACCAGCUUAAAUAUUUAAAUCAUGAUCUCAUUUACACAUUAAUUAAAAUAACAAGUAUUGUCUGAAUGGCAAUUUAAAACGAUUAAAGCUACCCUCACUUUGCUGUAUGUUGAGCCAAGCACUGUCUAGUGCUGCUUGUGUACAUAAGAUGAAUUUAUUGAAUGAAAUCAAUUUACAGACACUUUUAAAUACCUGCACCAAUACUUAGAAGUCCACUUCUCUGAGGGAGGAUACAUGCUCUCCCACGAGAUGUGAGGACGUUUUUAAAUGGACAGUUGUUACAGGGAUUUGUCAUAAGCUGUCAUAUAAACUUUCGACCAUAGAUAUCAAUUUUCUAAAUGUGCCCGAUGUUUUUCAUCAUGAUCGAGUAAUCAACAUCAGUAUUGGAAAAACACCUAACAUCUAUGUAAUUGUUAAAGAAAUUAGGAUCCUAGACCCACACCGAUAUCCAGUGGGUUCUUCCCUGACUCGUACCUCAUCUUCUUCCUCAAAGUAUCAUGAAACAAGACAAACAGACGGAGGUAAUAAUCUUGUUUUGGUUUCACUUAACAAAUACGGAACUUCAUUUUUUCACUUGUGCCAUGUGUUGGUUCUGUCAGAAUGAAAUUUGAUUUUAAAAAGUUCUUUCAAUCUUGCUCAUCAUUUCUAAAACCGCUGAAAGUCGAGCCAAGUUUGUUAGUAUCGAAAAACAAAGAAAACAGCCAUAUUUUGUAACCUGUGUGUUUGUCUGGCAGGGAAAACAACAUGGACUGUGACAUUGGUCUUGUUUUGUUAAAAACAAUAAAUGGUUUAAAUACAA